AUCAUCCCUGGUGUUGGCCGUGUUGGCCGGGUUCGUAAGCGCAGCGUAUCGCUAACUGCACGACCGCUCUCACCGGCUCACAGAUACUCGUAAGACAACAGGAAUGUGAAGCAAGCAAGUGCUGCGUCAAGCAACAUGCACGGAGUUAAACCCCCACAGCGCGUCACCGUAACUCCCCGAGCACCUUCCCUUUCUCCCUCGACCCCCACCACUAACAUCGCAGAGUCUCGGCUGCAGCGCCUCCACCUUCCCCUCCUCCUCCUCCUCCCUCCCUCCCUCACCCACUCAUCACACGCACAUGGCACCCGUCUUCUCGUCCAUAGCGACGGCGUCCCGUGCACAGCGGCGAGACGCCGCCUGGGCAGGAGACGCGCAUCUUCUGCUCCGCCGGCAACUCUCCGGACGCGGCUCGCAUUCCUCAUCCCGCCACCUCCGCCGGCAGCAAAGGCGCAACGAGCAGCAACAACAGCGGGAGCGUCCGGUAGCCACUUAACCUCGCUGCUGCCGCUGCCUCCCGGUGACUCCGCGACUGAACAAUGAGUGCACAAACCCGCGUGCUGGACGCCGCCGCCGCCGCGGUCGGGGCAGCGCACACGAUGCUGCCACCGGCGGCGCGUGGCAGCGGCAGCGAGGAGGAGGGGGGGGAGCGGCCGCCCUGGCUGGGACCUCUCUUGGCGUCUGUGCUCAUCUCCACCAUCGUGGUGGACAUCUGUGGGAACCUGUUGGUGAUCGUGUCAGUGUUGCGCAAUAGAAAGCUCCGGAACGUAGGCAAUGUGUUCGUCGUGAGCCUGGCAGUCGCCGACCUGCUCGUGGCCGUAUAUCCGUACCCCUUGGUGGUGCAAGCCAUCGUCCACGACGGCUGGACCAUGGGAGACCUCCACUGCCAGAUUAGCGGCUUCUUCAUGGGCCUCAGCGUCAUCGGCUCGGUCUUCAACAUCAUGGCCAUCGCGCUCAAUCGCUACUGCUACAUCUGCCACAGCUUCUACUACGACCGCCUGUACGGCACGCGCAAGACGCUGGCCUACGUGUCCGGGGUGUGGCUGCUCACGCUCACGGCCAUCCUGCCCAACCUGUUCGUGGGCUCGCUGCAGUACGACGCGCGUGUCUACUCGUGCACGUUCUCGCAGUCGGUGAGCACCGCCUACACCGUCUCCGUGGUGUUCUUCCACUUCCUGCUGCCCAUCGGCGUGGUGGUCUUCUGCUACCUGCGCAUCUGGGUGCUCGUCAUCCAGGUCCGCAGACGCGCGAGGAAUGACGCGCGCCUCGGACUGACCGUGGCCGACUACCGCAACUUCCUCACCAUGUUCGUGGUGUUCGUUCUUUUCGCCGUCUGCUGGGGGCCCCUCAACGUCAUCGGGCUGGUCGUGACGCUGUCGUCCUUCAGGUCCGCACCGAUGCAGGUCCCCGGGUGGCUGUUUGUGGCGAGCUACUUCCUGGCUUACUUCAACAGUUGCCUCAACGCCGUCGUUUACGGACUGCUCAACCACAACUUCAGGCGCGAGUACAAGCGGAUCUUGCUCGUGGUGUGCACGCCGUGGCAAUGUUUCUUCUUGAAGGACGCGUCCAAUGAAUCCAACGAAGACCUGAAGAGCAAAUCUGCCGCGGCGGGGAAUAAAACGCAAGUCCAACGCAAUUCGGCUGAAAACAAAAAGGAGAUCCACUCGGAUUCGUCGAGGAACAAAGGGCAGGUUGAAACGGAUUCAUUUUGACCUGCCGCCAAGGUUUACUUCCGUGCAAUGAUGUACUGAACUACAGACCCGCCACCCGCCGUCCCCGAUGCGAGUUGCCAAGGAGAGCGGUUCAAACAAGCGGCACGAUGUGCGUUUUAUAAUCAUUGGCGACUGCCGAGUACACGUGACCAUGCUUUCAUGGGUAAAUAUCAAUCCAUAUUUACAUAUCCUAACGAAGCCCCAAUACGCAUUCGUCUGGAACCAUAUGUAUCGAGAGUGAAAUAUUAGCAAAGCUUAGAUAACAUACACCGUCACUAAGGUGUUCAAUGUAAUAAAGGGAAUGUGUCGAUGAACGCUCUGGCACAUUGUCAAACAUCUUUAUCAGUCAAAAUACUCCCUUCAAAUGUGUAACCCUCGUUUAAAACUGUCGUUGUGGAUUCUUUAUCAUGCUGUGUGACUGCAUCACUUCAUAUUGGACACAUAUGGUUUUAUUUCUAAUCACAUAUUAGACCAAACGUACAGAUAUCGCAUUUUAUAUAAAUAUAUCUUCAUACGUCCUUUGUAAAUGUUACGCAAUGUUCAUACGUAAAGCUUGUACUGAACAUGUAAAUCUCUCGAAAAAGUCCUAAUGAAGAAUCAUGUAAUUACAAUGAUAUGUCAAAAAACACAAAGUAAAGUGGUUAGAGAAUAAUAUAUAUAUACACUAGUCUGAAACAUAUAAAUACAAUAAUAUAUCAAAUCUAUAAACAUUUCACACAGCUUUUAGAACCUUCAGCACAAUUGCAUUGCCUGCAAUGUAAAAGUUAAUAUUUCUAUUUGAUACUUUGAUUUUAUUAUCUUUUGCUACAAAUUGGCUCAAGGGACGUUUAUCUACAUUGACGCUAUGGGGGUAAUAACUAUUAACACGUCGGUAAUGUUGCUGUAUAAAAUGUAAUAAUGUAUUAUUGUUAUUAUCGAUUAUGCACAAUUGCUUUACUGAAGCACAAAGGCCAGUGCCAAGUUUUAGAAAAUGUGAAUUUAGAAAUAUGCAUUUAUCCCUUAUGCAUUUAUUGAAGAUGCUAUUUUUUAAAUAUCACCAUCAAUAUUAUAUCAGAAAUUACGUGGAGGCUAACACAUUAUUUUGCCGGUAGCAUGCGGGGUCAGAGUGCAUAGCUGACACAGUCAGAGGCUGCAGGUUAAAAUCCCAUUUGUAGAUCAGCUCAGCCCUUCAACACUCUGGGUUCAUAAAAGAGUCCAGUUGAGGGAAGUCGGCAGUGAUUGUUUCAUGGUUUCACUCACCCCUGACAUGGGAAUGUGAAAUUAACACCACUGGCUCAGGGCUGUAAACGAGGGACACGCUUCUCUGCACACGUGAUUCCACUGGAUACCAUUUAAAGUGGCCUUUAAAAUGAACGCAAUGGUCACUCACUUUGUUUGCCAGUGUUGCUCUCAUCAUGACAUCGGUCACAUACCCUGCAACAUUCUAUUGUUAAUUGAGGAGCGUGAGCCUCAAUUUUUUCUAUCGCUAUAUUAACUUACAUAAUCGACAUGCGUUUUAAUACAUUUCCAGACGUAAAAUGUUAACUCCAUCUAAGAUUGAGUAAUUUUUUUAAAAAAGUAUAUUACUCAACAUGUAAACGAAAGAAAGUGGCCUUUUAGAUCCUUUAAAAUACUCCUAGAUGCAAAUAUAUUAUAUAAAAUAAAAUAGCUAUGUAUAUUUAACAUCAUUUAUGUGUAAUACAAUAAUGCAGCGUGACUUUUCACUUAAAGGCCUGUAAGAACACUAGACAAUCAUAGCAUUCUAUAUUCGAAUAACUUUAUCUUGGCACACAUUUUGAUAUAUUUUUUUACGUGAGUGGAAGAUUUUCGGCAAACGAAAACGGCCAACAUCCAUUACAUUGACUGCCUCGCAGUCCACGCCAGCGCUCGGACAGGCAGUGCACCUGAUCCACAAUGUGGGCACAAUCGAUACGAGAACAAAGAAUACAUCUGUCAUUUAAAAUGUACAGGUGUUUCAGCUGCGUUACAACUGGCUGCACAAGAGCUGGCGUGCAGACUUGACCACGUGCGACACAUUUCCGCCACUGCUUUGCUCAUUAAAAACAACCAAGAACCUUGCGGGAGAGAAGGCUCCAUCAGGGAUGCAGAGCAGCACUGCAGCCAGCCAGAGCCACAAAUGUAUACAAACAAUUCAGUCAUAAUAUUAAAAGCUAAAGAAUGCAUUCAAUAUUGAAAUAAUAAAUAAUAUUUGGGACUCAUUUUCAGUAUCAACAUAUUGAAUAAUAAUAAAAAAAAGUCUUUACCCUUUAUGACAUAAAUAACGAGGUGUUAAGAUGUUCAAACUACAAUUAGACACCUAUCAUAAGGCAUCAAAUCUGCAUUAACCUAUAGCACUAGUGGGACAAAGCCAUAACAGAGGCUGUCUCUAGUGUAGGCCAAUUAGUGUCAAGGAUUAUACUUACAUUAUCAAAGCAAAUAUAUUCUUAGUUCUUUCGGUAAAGUCACGUUGAAGAGAAACAAUAAAAUAAUAAAAUAUAUAUAAAACAAUAAAAAUUCUCACGACGUUUCGACCAUAACACAAACGG